CAGCCAGCACUGGAUUUGAUCUAGCUAGAAGGAGCAAAGCCUUGUUAUUGAAAAAUCACUGGCUCUGAGCUCAUUUCUACAUGACGACUGUUCCCUCCCAAGGCACACAGAUUUUUGCUCGGGAGUAGCCCUACCUCCCUGUUCAGCAUUCCAGCUGGAUAAAACUCGGGAAGACCAUGGCAACCUACGUUCUUCAAAUGGCUGGCCUGGUGCUUGGCGGUGUUGGCAUGGUGGGCACAGUGGCAGUGACCAUCAUGCCUCAGUGGAGAGUGUCUGCCUUCAUUGAAAGUAACAUUGUGGUGUUUGAGAACCUGUGGGAAGGCCUAUGGAUGAACUGCAUGAGGCACGCCAACAUCAGAAUGCAGUGCAAGGUCUACGACUCCCUGCUGGCUCUUACUCCGGACCUCCAGGCAUCCAGAGGACUGAUGUGUGCUGCCUCUGUCCUGUCCUUCCUGGCUUUCAUGACAGCCAUCCUUGGAAUGAAGUGUACCAGGUGCACCGGGGACGAUGAGAAUGUGAAGAGCCGCAUCCUGCUGACGGCCGGAAUCAUCUUCAUCAUCACUGGCUUGGUGGUGCUCAUCCCUGUCAGCUGGGUUGCCAACUCCAUCAUCAGAGACUUCUACAACCCGCUAGUGGAUGUGGCCCAAAAGCGUGAGCUUGGAGAAGCCCUCUACAUAGGCUGGACCACAGCGCUGGUACUGAUUGCGGGAGGAGCGCUUUUCUCUUGUGUGUUUUGUUGCACGGAGAAGAGGAGCAGUUACAGAUACUCGGUACCAUCCCAUCGCACCACUCAAAGGAGCUUCCACGCGGAAAAGAGAUCCCCGAGCAUAUACUCCAAAAGUCAGUAUGUGUAG